AAAUACCAAAUCAUCAUUAUCCAAACGGGCAGUUUUGACAGCGACAGGUCAAUAAUUGAGCGCCGGUACUCGGAUUUUGAAAGGCUGCACGCAGAUCUUUUGAAGACGUUUUACGAUGAAAUUGAAGACGUUCCCUUCCCCAAAAAGAGCUUGACUGGGAACUUCACAGAAGACAUUAUCACGGAGAGGAAGUUAGCCUUCCAGGAUUAUCUGCGGCUUCUCUAUUCCAUGGAAUGCAUCCAGACGUCGAGAAUAUUUAUCGAUUUCUUAAUAAGGCCUGAAAUGGAGGAAGCCUACAGUUGCCUACGCGGAGGACAGUACCCCAAAAGUCUGGAAAUAUUCCUGCAAGUCGUGCCCCUGCAGGAAAAGCUAAUCAAGCACAGGCCGAUUCUUCUGGUCCCGACCCUUUGCGCCAUACUGAUCUGCCACAAAGACCUAGACGAUUCCAGAAGCGCCUACGAAUUUGGAGAGAGAGCUUUACUGCGCCUUCAGAACCAUCCCAACCACAGGUAUUUCAUGCCCCUGCUGGAAGCGAUGAUCUCCUUGGCGUACGACCUGGGCAAGGACUUCGUGUCCUUACAAGAGAAACUGGAAGAGAGGAAAGCCAAGAAAGGACCGAGAAAAGCGGUAACCCUGAAAGAACUUGUUGUUCGGGAAUAUGUACAGUGA